CACAUCAAAGUAAAGAAGAGACGCCAUUUUGAAAACGAAGGAAAAGAGUUCUCUAAAAAUUGCCUGAAUUGUUGCUCAAUUUGUGCGUUGAACUUCAUAGAUAAACUUUAUUACUGCGCGGAAAGGUGUAUUAACUUUGAGGAUGACGGAAGACUUUGAUAUCGAGGCCAUGUUGGAGGCUCCSUACAAGAAGGAGACCACACCACAGAAAACCAAAAACGAGAAGAGGCAUUCAAGUUCCAGUGAAGAAGAAGACCAGUAUGAAAGAAAGAAAGGGAGACGAAGGAGGCGGAGUAGGUCACGCAGCCCCAAAAGGAGGAGUAAGUCUCGUAGUCCAAAGAGGAGAAGUAGAUCUCGUAGUCCAAAGAGAAAGUCAAGAAGUAGGUCAUACAGUCCUAAAAGAAAGAGCAGGUCCAGAAGUCCAAGAUAUCGUAGAAGAGAUAGCAGGCGGAAGCGCCACAGUUAUAGUAAAAGUAGAAGUCGUUCCCCACCAAGAAGGCGACGUAGAAGCCCUAGUAAGAGUAAGAGCAAAAGCCCUGUAAGAAGGAAAACUCCAAGCCCUGUUCMAAGACCAUAUGGCUUCCCACCCAGUCCAGAGAAGAUCCCUGAACCAGAAUCAGAAGAAUCUGCCUUGGAAAGAGAUCAAAGAACUGUUUUUUGCAUGCAACUGGCUAGAAACAUACGACCUAGAGACUUAGAAGAGUUCUUCUCAAAAGUUGGACAGGUUUCAGAUGUGCGUAUMAUCUCUGACAGGAACUCCAGAAGGUCRAAAGGAAUUGCAUACAUUGAAUUCACAGAUAAAUCAGCCGUUCCCCUGGCUAUCAAUUUAUCAGGAAACAAGCUUCUUGGUGCACCCAUCAUGGUAAUGCCAACACAAUCAGAGAAAAAUCGCUUAGCAGCCGAGGCAGAAAGACUCAAACAGCCUCUUGGACCAACAAGACUUUAUGUUGGUUCACUUCACUUCAACAUCACAGAAGCUAUGAUAAAAGCUGUGUUUGAACCUUUUGGGAUUGUUGAUAGUGUUCAACUUAUAUAUGACUCUGAGACUAACCGGUCUAAGGGAUAUGGAUUUGUGCAGUUCCGUGAUGCUGAGGCUGCUAAACGUGCUAUGGAACAGAUGAAUGGCUUUGAACUUGCAGGAAGACCUCUGAAGGUUGGUCCUGUGACUGAGAGAGGUGAUUCAUCAGCAUAUUCAUUCCUAGAUGAUGAAGAGUAUGAGAAAGGGGGAGUAGAAUUGAAUUCUACAGCAAGGGCAGCAUUGAUGGCUAAAUUAUCACAAGGACAUUCUGCAGGUCUUGUAGUACCUGGUGCCCCAGCACCURCAUCUGGUGGCCAACCAUCUGUACCAACUCCUUCAUCAGUAUCACUGCCUACACCUUGCUUUAUGCUGACCAACAUGUUUGACCCUACAAAGGAAAAGGAAGAUGGCUGGGAGUUAGAUAUCCGUGAUGAUGUCCUAGAGGAAUGUUCAAAGUUUGGGCCUAUUGUCCAUAUUCAUGUGGACAAGAGCUCACCUCAGGGUAUGGUAUAUGUGAAAUGUUACACCCCUGAUGUUGCUGUAAAAGCGUCCAAAGCUCUUCACGGGAGAUGGUUUGCAGGAAAACAGAUCCUUUCAGCACCAAUUCCACUGUCAAACUAUCACACAAUGUUCCCAAAUGCCAUAUCAGCAGCAAGAGCAUUACAGCCAUCGACCGUUUAAUAAUGUUGAAGUAAUCAUGUAAAUAUAACUUAUCUGUUUUGAUAUAGCAUGCUGACAAUAUACAGCUAUAAAUUUCCUCCUUGAAGCAAUUUCAACAGUUGAUAUGAUUAUGUAUUAAGUUAGGUAUUUGUAAUAAAAAUGAUUAGCAUGAAUAA